UUUUUUUUUUUUUUUUUGGUUCUUUUUUUUCGGAGCUGGGGACCGAACCCAGGGCCUUGUGCUUCCUAGGCAAGCGCUCUACCACUGAGCUAAAUCCCCAGCCCCUACCCAUCAGUUCUUAAAGACUAAGAUUAUUCCCUGAAAUAUCUGUUCAGAUAGCUGUAGCCCCCCCCCUCCCCCCCGGCAGUCCAUCUGUGUGGGUGGCAAGCGUUGGUUCUACAUCUAGAUUGGUCAGGGAGGCAGACAGCGAAAGGAGUGUGGUGGAUACCCAAAGACCACAGUAGGCAUGUUGAGUGCAGUGUUAAUUUAUUUUUGAUGGCUGCUUAUGUGCUACAGUGGCUAAGCUGAGUAGUUACCAGAGACCACAAAGCCUCAGAGCCCUAUUAUGUUAUGUUUACUGUCCGACCCCAAACAGAAAGUUUGCCAACCCAUGAUCUAAUAGCUGAAGUGUAUGGCCGAGUGGAAGUUAGGUUUUAGUUUUAAUUAUAAAGUACAGAUGGUUAUAGAACCUUAAAUGUCAAGUUAAAUGAAAGGUGUCUGUAACAAUGAAAGAAAUAUUUGACUCCCAAUACAAGUUACACAGUUCUUCAGCUGAGAAGACCUUCUAGCAAGAAGAAAAAGGAAAAAAAAAAAACAAACAAAAAACAAAAAAAAACGAAAGGGGAUGGGGUGUGGGGGAUGGCGGCCAGCUGUACUGUCAGGUGCCUAAUUCCUGCUCCAGCACUCAGGAGGCGAUGGCUCUUGAAGAGUUUAUAUAGACUUACAUGUAUUCUAAAGAUUGGGAUUUCGGGCCCUGCAGACAUUGUUGACAAUAGGCCUUCCUUGGUUGUAGUACCUGCUUAGGUUCUACUGUCUUUGUUUAGCUCUAGAGUCUGCCUCUACAGUAGCUCAGACUACAAAUUUAUACCUGUGGGCUGCCUUUGGCUUUUCUGUGUUUAUUUCUGUUUCAACAGUUUUUAGCACAGCUCUGCCACCUAGAGAGAUCUCAUUAAAUAUUUGUUGCAUAAGAGAAGACAUUUAUGUGUCCAUCUGUAUGUGUAUACCUUCAUGUAUGCAUUCAUUUACAUAAUAAGAGGAUUCAGAGCCUCACUGUCUGAUCUGAAUCUCAUCUGACACUAUAAAUGUAAUUUUAUAAAAUUAAGAGGCAGGGGCUGGAAAGCCAGUUCAGUGGUUAAGAGCGCCCACUGCUCUUCCAGAGGGCCUGAGUUCAAUUCUCAGCAACCAAGUAGUGGCUCACAACCAUCUGUAAAGGGAUCUGAUGUCCUCUUAUGGUGUGCCUCAAGACAACUGCUGUGGACUUAUAAUAUAAAUAAAUAAAUAAAUAAAUAAAUAGGUAGAUAGAUAAAUAGAUAAAUAAAAUCUUUUAAAAAAUGAAAAGGCAAAAGAAAUAAUACUUACUCUAUAGAGUUGAAGAUAGGCUAGGGUUCUAUAUGUAAAAGACUUAAACUGUUAUAUACAGACAUUAUUCUAAGAACUACUUGCUGAUUUCACACACGUAAGAGCUAUUCAGUUCUUUGUGCUAGGUAUGAUAACUUUUAUACAUUUUCUUGUUUAAUAUAUAUAAAAACCUUGUAAGCAGUUACAUUUCCAUGUUUUAAAAGUUUAUUUUAGUUUUAUUUAUGUAUAUUUAACUGUGUGUGGAUACCAGAAGAGUUUGUCCUGUCCCCUGGAGCUGGGGUUAGCAGGCAGUUAGUUGCAAGCUGCUUGACACGGGCACUGAGAUUCAAACCUGCUUAACCACUGAGCCGCAGCUCCAGCCCCAACACUUCUAAUUCACAGUGAAGAAACUGAGGUUCAAAGAUGAUCACCAUCUUGCUAGGUACACUAUAACAGUACACGCUGAAGCUAGGGUUUUUGAGUUCCUGGGAGUGGGAAGAUGCUCAGUGGGUAAGAUACUUGGUGUGCAAACAUGAAGACUUGAGUUUGAAUCCCCUGUACCCACAUGGAAAGCUGGGCAUGGUGCCACACCUGUUUCUCCAGCCCUUAGUGGUAGAAGGAGGAGGAUCUGGGGGAUCCGCCAGCUAGCCUGUUUAGUCCAAAAGGCAAGCUUCAGGGUCAGUGUGAAACUAUGUCUUAAAGAAAUGAGAUGGGCUGGGUGGCGGUGGCCCACACCUUUAAUCAUAGCACUCAGAAGGCAGAGGCAAACAGAUCUCUGUCAGUUCAAGGCCAGACUGGUUCACAGAGCUAGAGAAACCCUGUUUCAAAAGACCAAAAAAAGAAAGGAAAUACCGGGGAAGGGCUGGAGAGAUGUCCCAGAGGCUCACAAUCAUCUGUAACUCCAGCUCCAGAGGAUCCUAUCCCUUCUUCUGGACUCCAUAGGCACUAGGCAUGCACAUAGUGCACAGGCAGGCAAGCCAAACAUUCACGCACAAAAAAAUAAGAUAAAUCUUAAAACAACAAGAUUCACAGUUGAGGAAACUCUGACCUCAAUGUGCAUGCAUCCCUAUGACAGUCAGACAUACAGACACACACAGGAACACACAUACACACAGACAUUCUCUCUCUCUCUCCAAUUAAUUAAUGAAAGAUUUUAUUUAAUUUUAUUCUCAGGAGCUAACUGCUUUAUUAAUUUUACUUUAUUUUUGCUAUUUUUAGAAUCUGAGAAUUUAUAUAUACUUUUUACUUUGAUAUAGAACUCAUAGUGAUUCAUUUCAUGAUGUAAGACCAAGGCUUAGAUGCUUUUUUCUUUUUUCUUUUUUUUUUUUUUUUUGACACAGUCUCACUAUGUAGUUCUGGCUGGCAUAGAACUCCAUGAACUUACAGGGAUUCAUCUUCUAGUGCUGGAGUGAAAGGCAUUUGCUGCCACACCUCAGUCUUGAUUUUGUUUUGGUUUAGUUUGGUUUUUGAGACAGAGUCUAUUAUUAGUUCUGGCUGCCCUAGACCUUGUUAUAUAGACUGGUUAUGGUCUUGAACUCAUAAAGUUCAUCCACCUGCUUCUUCCUGCUGAGCGCUGGGAUUAAAGGAUUUUGCCCAUGUCCAGCCUUCACAUUUGAUUUUGAAGGUUACUUUAAAAUCCGAAUACUUGGAACAGUUCCAUUCUGAAAUGUCUGGUUUGAUAGAAGACACAUACACACACACACACAAACACACACACACACACACACACACACACACACACACACACACACACACACACUGUCUUUCCCUCUGUCUCUCUGUCUUUCCCUCCUUCUCAUGGAUAUGAAGAGUUCUAAUUUUCUCCCCUGUCAUAUUUUUCUAAACUGGCAACACAUAUGCCAACAUUAAAGGACAAUAAACUUACAAGCUAACAGAACCCAGUGUUUGCCAUCUGUUUGCUACUGAAAUAUUGAUUUAUUCAUGUUUCUGGUUAUGCAUUCAUUAUUUAAUGCACACACAGCUUGUCAUGCAAACGCUGUUCCUGGAGAAUCCCCAACAGUUGUGGCUUAAGGAAAGCAGGGAAUCAGGGGUUGGGGAUUUAGCUCAGUGGUAGAGCGCUUGCCUAGCAAGCACAAGGCCCUGGGUUCGGUCCCCAGCUCCGGAAAAAAAAAAAAAAAAAAAGGAAAGCAGGGAACCAUUUUAGCAAACAAAUGUUUGUUCUGAGAUGUUUAUUGCUGUGAUUGGGAGGUGGAGGUGUUAUGUGUGCUUGUAGGUGGAUACACUCAUGCCAGUUUUGUGUGUGCUUAAAUGCCUUCUACCAGUGAAGAUGCAUUCUGUCAGAGGUUAAGUCUGUAUACUCUCUCAACCUUUGUCUGGUAAUUUAUAUAGUUUUGAAAUGCUAGUCUUGGGCUGAGGACGUAGUCAAUAACAUGCUUGCCUAGCAUGCACGAGGUUCUGUCCCAAGCACCAUAAAGUGAGCAUAGUGGUGUGUGCCUAUAAUCCUAACUUGGGAGGUAAAGGCAGGAGGAUCAGAAUCAAGGUCACUUUUUGCUACAUAACAUGUAGCCCUCUGUUAACGAUUCUGUUUCAAUAAACACUAAUUAUUUGCUCUUGUUCAUUUGCUUAUUCAGUAUAUAUUUAGCUAAGGAGCACUAGGUUUAAGAUAUGUAUAAGAUAUUGAAAUAGGGGGGCUGGAGAGAUGGCUCCGUGGUUAAGAGCACUGACUGCUUUUCCAGAGGUCCUGAGUUCAAUUCCCACCAACCACAUGGUGGCUCACAGUCAUCUGUAAUGAGAUCCGAUGCCCUCUUCUGGUGUGUCUGAAGACAGCUACAGUGUACUUAUAUAUAAUAAAUAAAUAAAUCUUAAAAAAAAAAGAUAUUGAAAUAAAUACUGGGGAUAAAAAUCUUGCCUUGAAAAAUUUGGGGUGGGGUGGGGAACUGGAGAGAUGGCUUAGCAAUGAUGUUAGAUUGUAUAAGAAGGCAGACUAAGUGGGUUAUCAAAAACAAGUCAGAAAGCAGCAUUUGCCCUCCGUGUAUGUGCAUGUGCAUGUGUAUGUGUAUAUAUAUGUAUAUAUCCCUAUUUCAAUUCCUGCCUCCAGGUAUCUGCCUUCAUUUCCUGCCCUGAUUUCCAUUCACAGUGGACUGCAUAUGUAAGCUGAAAUAAAUAUUCCUCCCUGAAGUAGUUUGAACCAGGAUGGUCUCCAUAGGCUCAUAUAUUUGAAUGCUUUGUCACCUGUUAGUAAAACUGUUUGGGAAGGAUUAGGAAGUGUGGCCUUGUUGAGGUGUGUCACUGGGAGUGGGCUUUGAGGUCUAAAAAAAACACACAUACCAGGCUCCCUCGUGUCCCCCACCCCUGCACUCCCACUCCUUCCUCCCCCUUUCUCUCUCUCCUUUCUCAUCAGGUGUAAAAUUCUAACCUACUGCCUCAGCACCGUGCCUGUCUGCUUUGUGCCAUGAUUAGCAUGGGCUAGGCAAGCCCCCAGUUAAAUGCUGUGUUUUGUAAGUGUCUCCUUGGUCAGGUGUCUCUUUACAGCUUUAGAACAGUUACUGAGAUACUCCAAAAGUGCUUCUGGCCAUGGUAUUUAUCACAGCAAAAGAGUUGCUCUUGUCUCAGUAGUUCCAGAAGGGGAAGAGUCUGUCGUGAAGCGUGGAGGUAAGCAGCAGGCAUGGCGGCAGGAUCAGAAAGCUAACGUGCUCCCAUCACAACCAGCAGCAUGGAGCAGAGGGAGCAAACCUCAAAUGGCAGGAGGGUUUGAACCUUCAGUAGUGAUGCACCUCCUAAACUUUCCCAACACCACCAACUGUACCCAAAGUGUUGGAACGCACAGAUCACGGGCACUAUUCUCUUUCACACUACUACAGAAGGGUAGGCAGGCACCAGAGGUAGUAAAUAUUUACUUAAAAUCUUUUUUGUUUUUCUAGAUUACUUAUUAUGUGUAUGAGCGCUUUGCCCACAUUUAUGUUAAGUGUGCCACGUGCAUGCCUAUGGCCUGCUGGAGUCAGGAGGAGUCAGAUCCCCGGGAGUGAAGUUUUCCUUUUUCUUUUCUGUUUGUUUGUUUGAGACAGGGUUUCUCUGUGUAGCCCUGGUUGUCCUGGAACUCACUCCCUCUGUGGACCAGGCUGGCCUUGAACUCAGGUCCGCUUGCCUCUGCCUCCUGCUGCUGGGAUGAAAGGUGUGCACCUCACGGCCCAACUUGGGGUUUUACCGGACCAGAGUCAUUUGGCAUUAUUUUUUGUGUUAGUAAUAUUUCUCCUUCCCCAAAUUAGUUUCUCGUCUGACGAAUAGUUUCACAGAACCCUGUAAAUGAUUUGUUUUCUGUCUCCUAAUUCUGCUUCUGUCCUCGUGAGCACUUACUUGGAGUAUUCUGUACUUUGCUAGUGUUUGUAAGCUUGCCCUUGACUCACUUUGUGGUUGUUCUCCUGAGACAGCGUUUCUUGUAGCCCAGUGGGCCUCAAACCCACCUUGAAGUUCUGUUCUUCCUGCUCUGAAACUGGUCUUUGGCUACUUUGUGGGUCCUUCUUUCUCUACCCUUGUUCCACCCUUUCAACCCCCUAACACCAGAUAGGGGAGGAAAAAGGACAGAGGGGAGAGGGGGUGAGCACUGAUAGACUGCUUCCUGCUGAUUGUCGGAUUCCUUGGGGCAGGUUUGAUCUCUGCUGUCGGGAUAGCUAAUUUCUUCUUUUUGUUUUCUCUCUGCACCACAAACCACCACCAACAGCAGUCAACAGCAACCAACCAACAUCCACCAGCAAUGCUCAACCCUGAGUCUCGGGGCUCUAACAUUUCUAGACCCUCUGAAAAGUACCCAGGAUUUCAGACAUCUUACUGUCACAGAAACUGGCUGCAGCAAAAUCGUGCCCUUGCUAGAUCCGAACUCUUUUUUUUUUUUUUAAAGAUUUAUUUUAUUUAUAUGAGUACACUGUAACUGUCUUCAGACACACCAGAAGACGGCAUUGGAUCCCAUUACAGAUGGUUGUGAGCCACCAUGUGGUUGCUGGGAAUUGAAUUCAGGACCUCUGGAAGAGCAGUCAGUGCUCUUAACCACUGAGCCAUCUCUCCAGCCCCUAGAUCCGAACUCUUAAGGCACCAGGUAUACAUGUGGUGUGUGUGUGUGUGUGUGUGUGUGUGUGUGUGUGUGUGUGUGUGCACAUACACACUCAGGCAAAUGCUCAUUAAUAGAAAAUAAAAUAAAUAUAUCUUAAAAUUUAUUUUUUUGAGAUGGGCUCUCUGUUAUGUGGCCCUGGCUAUCCUAGAACCUGGGUAUGUAGACCAAGCUGGCUUUGAACUCAGAGAUCCACCUGCUUCUCUCUCUUAAGUGUUAGAAUUAAAGGUAUAUACUACCUAGCUAAAUGACUCUUUGGAAUAAGAACGCAGGCCUGUCGCGUGGUACUUUAUUUUUAACCCCAGACUUGGGGGCAGCGGCAGGUAUAUCUUUGUAGGCCAUAUUGGUCUACACAUCCAUCCAGUUCCAGGACAGCCAGAGCUAUACAGUGAGAUCGUGUCUUGAAAAUGAAACAAAGUAAAUAAAAAAAUGAGAGGAAAGAAAAAGACAGAUUGCUUAUCCCUAAAUGUUGCAUGUUAUUUUAUUAUCUAAUAUUCUUAAAAUUGAACAUUUUGUUAAAUAUUCACAGUGUGUAGGGGAGGUGGUAGUGACUUAUGCUUUUAGUCCCAGUACUUGGAAGGCAGAGGCAGAUGAGUCUCUGAGUUUGGGGCCAGCCUGAUCUAGAGUGAAUUCUAGGACAGCCAGGGCUAUAAAGAAAAACCCUGUCUCAAAAAAAGAAGAAACAAAAAUUAGAGAAAGCCAAGCAGUGGUGGCUUGCAUUUAAUCCCAGCACUCAGAGGUAGAAGCAGGUAGAUCUCUGGGUUUGAGGCCAGCCUGGUCUACAAAUCAAGUCCUAAGACAGCCAGGGCUACACAGAGAAACUCUGUGCUGAAAAACCAGGAAAAAUAAAAUAAAACUUCAGAGUGAACCAGGAUGUGGGGCACGACACAUACUUAUAUUCCAGUACUCCCUGCAAGUUGGACACAUCCUGGACUCGAUGAUGUCUGCCAGUCCAGUCGAUGCUGUACAGCAAGACUGUUUCAAAAACGAUAGCAAACUGUCCCGUGAUGAUAGAUGGGGAGACCCACUAACACACAGAUGUGUUCUGCAAAUAGUGCUGGAAAAAUACUGUCAGUGAGAUCUUUGUAUGAAAAGGCCUCUUUUAACUUAUCCUCGCAGGAUCUAGAAAGGAAAGGCACUUCUCUUUCUUCAAUCACGAGAUACAUGACGACAGUAUCAUUGAUGCCCCGAGGAGAGUUGUCUUCCAAAUCUCUAGAAGGAUCUAGAUGAGGGGAGAGCCUGCCAGCAUUUUCCUUCGUUUUUCUGAGUAUGGCUCUGCAGCUUUCCAGCUUUUCGGCUGUGGCCACUGCAGAGCAUCGUUGUUUUACGUUCGGCACAGAGCUUCAGGGCAGGUGAUGGCUCUCAAGAUGAACACGCUGAGCAGUAACCGAGCAAACCUGCUGAAGGAGAUGCAGCUCAUGAACAGACUGUCCCAUCCCAACAUCCUCAGGUUCAUGGGUGUGUGUGUACAUCAAGGACAGUUGCAUGCACUUACAGAGUACAUCAACUCUGGGAACCUGGAGCAGCUGCUAGACAGUAACCUGUAUUUGCCUUGGACUGUGAGAGUGAAACUGGCCUAUGACAUAGCAGUGGGGCUCAGCUACCUUCACUUCAAAGGCAUUUUCCACCGGGACCUCACGUCGAAGAACUGCCUUAUAAAGAGAGAUGAAAACGGUUACUCUGCGGUGGUAGCUGAUUUCGGCCUGGCUGAGAAGAUUCCUGAUGCUAGUAUAGGGAGUGAGAAGCUAGCUGUGGUGGGCUCACCUUUCUGGAUGGCACCUGAGGUUCUCCGAGAUGAACCUUACAAUGAGAAGGCAGACGUGUUCUCUUACGGUAUCAUCCUCUGCGAGAUCAUCGCCCGCAUCCAGGCUGAUCCGGACUAUCUUCCCCGCACAGAGAAUUUCGGGCUGGAUUAUGAUGCUUUCCAGCACAUGGUGGGAGACUGCCCCUCAGACUUCCUGCAACUCACCUUCAACUGCUGUAAUAUGGACCCCAAACUGCGCCCAUCCUUUGAGGAGAUUGGGAAGACCCUAGAGGAAAUUAUGAGCCGCUUACAGGAAGAAGAGUUGGAGAGAGACAGGAAGCUGCAGCCCACAGCUAAAGGACUAUUGGAGAAAGUGCCCGGAGGGAAGCGACUGAGUUCACUGGAUGACAAGAUUCCCCACAAGUCUCCACGUCCAAGACGUACUAUCUGGUUGUCUCGAAGCCAGUCAGACAUUUUCUCUCGUAAGCCCCCACGUACAGUCAAUGUCUUGGACCCCUAUUACCAGCCACGAGAUGGUGCUACACAUACCCCAAAAGUCAACCCUUUCAGUGCACGCCAAGACCUCAAGGGUGGGAAGGUCAAAUUCUUUGACCUACCCAGCAAAUCUGUUAUUUCCCUUGUAUUUGACCUGGAUGCACCAGGGCCUGGAACUGUAUCUCUAGCUGACUGUCAGGAGCCUUUGGCCCCAUCUUCCAGACGGUGGCGGUCUUUGCCUGGUUCACCCGAGUUCUUGCAUCAGGCUUGUCCAUUUGUGGGGUGUGAAGAAUCACUGUCUGAUGGGCCUCCACCACGACUCAGUAGUCUCAAGUACAGAGUAAGAGAGAUCCCACCAUUCCGGACAUCUGCCCUAUCAGCUACUUCAGCCCAUGAGGCCAUGGAUUGCUCUAACCCCCAAGAAGAAAACGGUUUUGUUCCCAGGCCUAAGGGGACCAGCCCAUGCAGUGGGGCUGCCUCUGAGGAGAUGGAGGUGGAGGAAGAAAGGCCACGAAGAGCUCCUGUCCACUUCUCUAUCUCUGGAAUAAGCUUGCAAACCCAGGGAGAGCAGGACGGGUGAGAUGGGGACAGGACGAGUCCCUGCCUCUCCUUGGGGAUGGACUUUCAGCUGAAACUACGUGAUCCCCUUGGUGCACAGCCUCACUCCUCCCUGGAGCUCUCCUGCACAAAGCAGGUAGAGCAGGCAGGCGGGAAAAGCCUGGCUUAAAAUUGGGCUUUCUGUGCCCAAUGGCUGCAAUAUGAGAGGUGUUUCAAUAGUUAGGGCCAACCUAAUUCUAAGUCUCUGAAAUCCAGCAAGGAGCUUUGGCCCCCAUGGAACACAGUGCAUGUCCUAGACAGGACCAAAAAACUUAUUUCUAGGCUGGGCUGGCAGGUACCAUGUAGCUAUCACCCCAGUUCCUUUCCUACUCCAAUUCUCUCUCGUGCCGAUUCUGGGGCACAUAAGCUACAGGAUGGAAACUGGAGUUGUCGAGAAGGCCGUUGGGGCAUGGCUGUUUCUUAGACCUGAAGACUGACUGGGACGCUUCUUGCCAGUAUGUCUAAGACACUUGAAUAAUUGCUGUUUGCACUUACUGUAUGGUCAGGCCACGUCACUACAUCUCUAUGCAAGGGGGAUACCAGGCAAUGUGGUGGCCAAGGACCUUUUAGCUAACCUAUUCAAAGACUUUUCCAGUUGAUCAAUCUAUUUUCAUAUUUAUAAAGGAGUCUUAAUGUUUAGCCUCAAGACUUUCAACCUCGGUGUUGGGAGUGGGGCUGGUUUUGUAGGCCCUAGGGCCUGCUCUGUGUAUGUAAGCAGGUGAUACAGCCUGUUAGUAAAUGGUUUAUACUUGGACUGAUUUUCUUUCCUCCUGUAGCUGGAGCUUUGGGAACAGUCUGUCCUUACAGAGCCGCAAUAAGAAAUAACCAAAGAAUGAAGUUGGUCAAAUAUUUUCAUAAUUCAUUUCUGUUGAUUUUUUUUUUAAAAAAAACUUUCCCCAAAACACUUUCAGAUUAAAAAAAUAAUAAAGUUGAUAUUGCAGGUG